GUGUUUUGUAUACUCAAGGUAUAGGAAGCAAAGAAUGGAGAGAGUUUGGAAGAACAGAAGUAAUUGAUAAUACGUUAAAUCCAGAUUUUGUAAGAAAAUUCAUAAUGGACUACUUUUUUGAAGAAAGAGAAAACCUACGAUUUGAUUUAUAUGAUGUUGAUUCAAAGAGCCCCAACCUAUCAAAGCAUGAUUUUUUGGGGCAAGUAUUCUGCACUCUUGGAGAGAUAGUUGGAUCACAGGGAAGUAGAUUGGAAAAGUCAAUAGCAGGAAUUCCAGGGAAGAAAUGUGGAACCAUCAUCCUGACCGCAGAGGAACUGGGCUGCUGCAGGGAUUCUGUACUGAUGCAAUUUUGUGCAAACAAAUUAGACAAGAAGGACUUCUUUGGAAAAUCUGAUCCAUUCCUAGUAUUUUACAGAAGCAAUGAAGAUGGCAGUUUUACAAUUUGUCACAAGACAGAAGUUAUAAAAAAUACACUAAAUCCAGUAUGGCAGGCAUUCAAGAUCUCUGUCAGAGCACUCUGUAAUGGAGACUAUGACAGAACAAUUAAGAUAGAGGUGUAUGAUUGGGAUAGAGAUGGAAGCCAUGAUUUCAUCGGAGAAUUCACAACAAGUUAUAGAGAAUUGUCUAGAGGGCAAUCACAGUUCAAUGUAUAUGAGGUGAUAAAUCCAAAGAAAAAAGGGAAAAAGAAAAAGUAUAUUAAUUCUGGAACAGUAACAUUGCUUUCCUUCCUAAUCGAAACAGAAGUUUCAUUUCUUGAUUAUAUUAAAGGCGGGACCCAAAUCAAUUUCACAGUAGCUAUUGAUUUCACAGCCUCAAAUGGUAACCCUUCACAGCCCACUUCACUGCACUAUAUGAACCCAUACCAACUGAAUGCCUAUGGCAUGGCACUGAAGGCAGUAGGUGAAAUCAUUCAAGACUACGAUACUGACAAAAUGUUUCCAGCUCUUGGUUUUGGGGCUAGGCUGCCUCCAGAUGGAAGGGUAUCCCAUGAAUUUGCUCUGAAUGGAAACCCUCAAAAUCCCUACUGUCAUGGAAUUGAUGGUGUGAUGGAAGCAUAUUACAGGAGUCUAAAAUCUGUACAGCUUUAUGGACCAACAAAUUUUGCUCCCGUAAUUAAUCAUGUAGCAAGAUAUGCUUCUUCAGUAAAAGAUGGCUCCCAGUAUUUUGUUCUUCUCAUAAUUACAGAUGGAGUUAUUUCAGACAUGGCUCAAACUAAAGAGUCCAUAGUUAACGCCUCAAAGCUUCCGAUGUCAAUAAUUAUAGUGGGGGUAGGACCAGCAGAGUUUGAUGCUAUGGAAGAAUUGGAUGGUGAUGCAAUCAGAAUUUCCUCAAGAGGAAAAUAUGCAGAAAGGGAUAUUGUGCAGUUUGUGCCAUUCCGGGAUUAUGUCGACAGAAGUGGAAACCACGUAUUAAGUAUGGCCAGACUUGCUAAAGAUGUCUUAGCUGAGGUCCCAGACCAGUUUCUCUCCUACAUGAGGGUCAGAGGAAUCAAGCCGUCACCUGCACCACCUCCAUAUACACCCCCUAUUCACAUGUUACAGACUCAAAUAUGACUGCUCCAAAUACUCAACAUUUAUUACAAACCAUGUAGAGCUGUUGAGUCAGAGUUUCAGUCUUGGUGCACUUCAAGCAACCAGUGAAUUAUUACUAUUGUCUCUGGAUGCAGUAGUAGCUUGUGAUGGGUUCCUGGAGCAAAAGAAAUUUUCUUCAUAUACCAAAAUACUCAAUAUGGUUGCAUGAGCAACUGAAAAGCUUUUAAAUGCUAGGAUCAAAAUGUUGAUGUUCUUUCUGAGUCUUAUUUUUUUCUGACAGAAAAGAUACUUUUUCAUUUAUUCGUUCGGGGAAAGCACAAGUCAGUUUCAACUCAGAAGAUAUUGUCCUCCCUGACUACUGUGUGUUUAUAACUGGAAUGCAAUUCCUCUGUAUCAAUGUUUACAUGUUACUACUUUUUAAAUUUCAGUACUUUUAUAAUUCUUCUUAAGAAUAAAAGUUUGGAAUAUUGAAUCAUUGUCUUCUAGCCUGCAAUAGCUAUAGCCACAAGGGAAGCAAUAUCUCUUUGAAUGAUUAUCCAAACAAAUACAAGAGAAUAUCUGUGAAAAGGACAGAUUACAUGCAUGCUUUCUCAGUAAUUGAAUGGCCUUUCUUUUUAGUGUUGAGUAAUCAAUUCAUUUAUCACAAUUUAAAACAGCAUUUGAAAAUAAGUUCUCAAGAUAUGACUAUUGAAAUUGUAUUUGACUUACCAGUAAUGCCAAACCUCAAGAAGAGGCAUAUGUAUUUUUCAGAGAUGCUCUAAUUUAUAAAUUUACGUAAGUUUACAUUUUAUAAACUGGUAAUGAUAACAUGCGUAAAAAAUGAGAACUAUUACAUACUAUAAUUAAAGAAAAUUACCUCAAGUCAAACAUUUUCAAGUCCCAUAGUUGGCUGACUUAAGUUUAUUAGGAUCAUAUCAUAUUAUAUUUAAGAGCAUUAGCACUUUUGUAUCAUAUAGAUCUUUUCAAGUGAUUACACCAGAAAUUUUAUAAUUAACCAUUUUAAAGCUAUUUAAAAUGCAUCGGUGUCACCAUUGUGUAGAUUACCCAUUCAAAGGGAUGCUGGCUCUUAAUGCUAAGUCCACUGAUGUCAACUAAUCACACUGCCAUUCUGGGUAAUCAGUUAUAAUACUUCAUGAAUUAACUAGUUUCAAAAUGGCAUGGCCAUGUUGCUUUGUGCACAACAACUUUGUGUACUGGACUACCCAAAUAUUUUAUUAUAUGCUUGUUCAUAUCUAAUUAUAAAAUGUUUUUGCAUGUACAGUUUUUACAGAAAAUACACAGUUUGAGUUUGUGUCAGACAUGUUUUAUUUAGAACAAAUGGCCUUAAAUCUCACAGAAUUCUUGGAAAUGAUUGUGAAUUGCCUUCAAACACUGUUAAACUGAAAAAAAGUUUUAUUUUUUGUGUCAGUAUGGUAACUGCCUUGUAAUGUAACUUUUUUCUUUGCAUAUAACCAGUUUACUACCUUGUUCAUUACUAUUCUAUGUUGUACUGUACAGUAUCAAAUUAAGGUGCAUUUUUUUAAGCAUGCAAAGAGGUUUUUUUGCUGGAAAACAUAUCUGCAGUAUCAAUGGCAUAUAACUGUAAAUGCAGAAUCUUCCAUUUUUAAAUGUAUUAAAACUCCUUAAAAUGAA